AUGGCUCCCGAUCUAAACUCGGUACCUACCUCACCGCGGCCCAACGUUACCAGUAAUCCCAGCGGCUCGCUAUCACGCCAAAGUUCAACCACAGCUUCGCGUCGCACUUCACAGAUAUACCCAAUGUCCCCUCCUCCACUUCCACUCGGAUCGCCUAGCGGGACAUUGCCAGCAUCUGCACAAGGCCACGGCGUCCCUCCACUAAGUCCCAGCAUGAGCGGUCGAGCCCCGAGUGUCGACGCGUCAGGAACGCCGAUGCGUCACCCCCAACCCGUGACACCAGCGCAAAUCUACCUGGAAAUGGAGAAGGAGCAAGAAGCUGCCGUUAACCGACUGACGCGCGAGCUCUCUGCCUUGCGCACGCACUCGGCGUCUGUGGUUAGCACAGGAUCUAUAGCUUCAAGCGCAGCCUCAAACGCACACCUAGACAACGACUCGGCGCAUGCGGGGUCUAUGACUGGCUCCAUGCAUCCAACGCCCAGCCGUCGACACAGAAGCUCGUCCUCAGUUUCGCGCAGCGGCCUGCCGCCCGGCGCCUAUCCACAUCGCUAUUCAGUAUCUUCACAACAAGGAGAACCCUCACAUAGAAGCUCGAGCGUAGUCAGCACGCCCCGGUAUGAGGAGGUGGCACAACAGAGGGCAGAACUAGAAGACGUCAAACGCGAAAACGAGAUGCUGAAGCAGCGCAUUCGCGAUUUAGAACGCGCAAUCAGGAGUGGCGAUGCAGAUGCGCAGCGCGGACGACGUGGUGCGCCAGCAUCUACGACUGAGGCAGCCGCGGCUGGUGCCAGUGCUACAGAGGAGGGUGGGACAUCUUAAGGAUUGCGCGGAAAUGAUGUCGGUAUGCAAUGGCCAAGACAUGGCUGUGUCACACAAAGAACGGCUGUGUCCCUUUCUGUCAAGAUUCGUACUGGUCAUGUUCUGGCAGAAGCUGGGCAAUUAUGAUGGCUUUGGCUGUUUUAGGUAUUAGAGUCCUUGAACUAUCGUCAGAAAAGAGAAGGGCCAAUGGAGUACACGCGUGGGGUUCCUAAUGUCAGCAUGAUAACAAACCUUUCCAAACAAAUUAGAUCUUCUUAGUCCACCCUACCCUAUCUGAGACACAUACAAAUUCCUUUGUCCCCUUAUCA